GUACAGUAGUUUCUUUCGGAUUUCCCGGUUUAGUGACAAAGCCCUAGCUAGCUACACUCGGGGAACAGAAAGAACCCUUUGAUGCUCCUCCGUCUCUCGGCUCGCUCUAUCCGUCGUUACACUUCUUCUCACUCACUCUCCGCGUCGUCGUUUUGCACUCUCCCACCAAUGUCAACCAGCCACCCAAAGAACGAGUCCUAUCUCUCCGCCGUCAUCCCCAAGCGCAUCAAGCUCUUCGAGCAGAUCCAAUCCCACCAGCUCGAGAAGCUCAAAUCUCUCCCCCACGACCCAAUCAAGAUUACGUUACCCGAUGGGACCGUGAAAGAAGGGAGGAAGUGGGAGACUACUCCGAUGGACAUCGCCGGGGAGAUUUCGAAGGGGUUGGCUAACUCUGCGUUGAUCUCAUCGGUUAAUGAUGAGCUUUGGGAUAUGAGUAGGCCGUUGGAAGGUGAUUGUAAGCUUGAGUUGUUCAAGUUUGAUAGUGACAAGGGACGGGAUACUCUUUGGCAUUCUAGUGCUCACGUUCUUGGUCAGGCUCUUGAGCAGGAGUAUGGUUGUCAGCUGUGUAUAGGACCGUGUACUACGAGAGGAGAGGGUUUCUACUAUGAUGCGUUUUAUGGUGACUUGGGGCUGAAUGACAAUCACUUCCCUAACAUUGAAGCUGGUGCUGCAAAAGCUGCUAAGGAAGCGCAACCAUUUGAGAGGAUUGAAGUGACGAAAGAUCAGGCGAUUGAGAUGUUUUCUGAUAACAACUUUAAGGUUGAAAUCAUCAAUGAUUUACCUGCCGACAAGACCAUUACUGUCUAUAGAUGUGGUCCUCUUGUUGAUUUGUGUCGUGGACCGCACAUUCCAAACACUUCUUUUGUGAAAGCUUUCAAGUGUUUGAGGGCCUCAUCAGCUUACUGGAGGGGUAGCAAAGACCGUGAGAGCUUGCAGAGGGUUUAUGGGAUAUCUUAUCCAGAUCAGAAACAGCUGAAGAAAUAUCUUCAGUUUCUAGAAGAAGCCAAAAAGUAUGACCACAGACUAUUGGGCCAAAAGCAGGAACUCUUCUUUUGUCACCCACUCAGCCCUGGGAGUUGGUUCUUCCUUCCACUGGGCACUCGCGUAUAUAACAAGUUGAUGGAAUUCAUUAAGGAGCAAUAUUGGAAAAGGGGUUACACAGAGGUUAUAACACCAAAUAUGUACAACAUGAAUCUGUGGGAAACUUCUGGACAUGCUGCAAAUUACAAGGAGAAUAUGUUUACGUUUGAUAUUGAGAAGCAAGAGUUCGGGCUCAAACCUAUGAAUUGCCCUGGUCACUGCUUGAUGUUCCAACACAGGGUUCGCUCAUACAGAGAGUUACCUAUUAGACUGGCUGACUUUGGAGUGUUGCACCGCAAUGAGGCAAGUGGAGCACUUAGUGGGCUGACUCGUGUCCGACGGUUCCAGCAAGAUGAUGCACACAUAUUCUGUACAGAGGAUCAGGUUACGGAUGAAGUGAAGGCUGUAUUGGAGUUCAUUGACUAUGCUUACAAAAUCUUUGGCUUUACCUAUGAGCUAAAGCUCUCAACGAGGCCAGAAAAGUACCUUGGAGAUUUGGCAACAUGGGAUAAAGCUGAAAAUGAUCUCAAAAUAGCCCUAGAUGCUUUUGGAAAGAAAUGGGUGUUGAACGAAGGAGAUGGUGCGUUCUAUGGUCCAAAGAUAGACAUCACAGUUUCUGAUGCUAUGAAUAGGAAAUUCCAGUGCGCAACUUUACAGCUUGAUUUUCAACUUCCUGAUCGCUUCAAGCUGGAAUACUCUGCUGACGACGAAGCAAAGAGGCAGAGACCUGUAAUGAUUCAUAGAGCCGUGCUGGGAUCUGUGGAACGUAUGUUUGCCAUAUUGUUGGAGCAUUACAAAGGGAAAUGGCCCUUCUGGCUUAGUCCGCGCCAGGCCAUAGUUUGCCCUAUAUCAAAGAAAUCUGAGGAAUAUGCAUUACAGGUGAAGAAACAAAUUCAUGAAGCUGGGUACUAUGUUGAUGCGGACAUAACAGACAGAAAGAUUGAUAAAAAGGUGCGAGAAGCUCAGCUUGCUCAGUACAACUACAUACUUGUAGUUGGUGAAACCGAAGCUGCUACAGGACAGGUGAGUGUUCGGAUAAGAGACAGUGCAGCCCACUCGGUUAAGAGCAUCGAGAAUUUGCUUGAAGAGUUCAAGACCAAGACUUCUGAAUAUCAGUGAGAUCAGACUCUUGCAAGUUCAAGUUUGAUUUGCUUGAAGAGUUUAUCUCUGUCAUUAGACCAGAUUUAAAAUUUCGUAACUUGUGAUCUCCUUCAGCGAUUUUGUUUCUCAAUCUAUUGAACCUAACAGCAGCAAAUUUUACAAUGUAAUAAGAUGUUGAUCUAGUCAAAGAUGACAAUAUGUCUGGAUGUUA